AGGUCACAGCCCAUGACACUGUGGCCACCAGCAGUGCCAAGAACAGCCCCCAGCACCUCUCCCCACAGCUUUGCAUUGCCAUCUGAGGCCCCAAAAUGAAAUCAGCUGCACCCCAGGAGGCUGGAGACCCAAGGGACAAGCCCUGUCCGCUAUGCACCAUGGAGCAGAAAAGCCGCCUCUGGAAAACACUGAAAUCACUGACACUGCUUCGGCUGCUGAAGAGCACAAACCGCAGGGUGCAGCGGCUGCACGCGGUGGCUGUGCGGUGCUGGCGCUCACUCACAGCACAGGGGCUGCCUGGCAUCACAUCACUGCUCCCCAGGGAAUGUCCCCACCUGCCAGAGCUGGAGGAGGCUGUGGACGACGCUGAGACCAGCUCGACCAGCAGCACCAUGGAUGCACCAAUGGACCCAGAGACAAGCACACCACCAGCAGCUGCGGAAGCCAAGCAGGACUUACUGGGGACACUUCCCCAGCGCUUCCACAUGCCAGCCCCCAAAGUGCUGUGCCGGCCUUCAGCCCAGCGCUGGGUCAAGCCCUGCUGCACCCGAUCCUGCGGAGAGAGCCUGGAACACACGCUCACCAUCCGCUACCCCCGGUGAUCACCAUCGGUAUGAGCACUGCCCUCGCUGAGCAGGGCCAUCCUCCUGAGCUCCAGCACAGCUCGUCAGCUGCUGGCUUCACUUUCAGGGCUGCCUGAGGAGUUGGAGAAGAGCUGCCAGGAGACCUGUGGGGUGAUGCACUCAGCCUCCUGCUAUGAAUAAAGGGGGUGGCCUAUGCCUUACCAACACUGAC